UACAGGGAUAACAGCGGACAGGACACAAGAUUAUGGAGCGACGCAGGGUUUUAAGACUUUCUUUGACUCUUUUACUUUCGAUGAAUGUUUGCCUCUCUUCUGUCAAUGGGCAAAAAUUUACUGCUGGUGGAGGGGUUAAGUCCUUUUCGUUUAAAUCGUCAAAUACUUGGAAGCGACCGUCGGUCAGAGGCGGCACACAAAAAACUAUACAGAUGCCACAGACAGUACAGAGGCCUCAAACUGUGAAGAGACCUCAAACAGUACAGAUUCCCCAAACUGUCCAACAAACCUCCCAGAACCAACUUAGUCAGUCACAGAGUCAACCAUUUGUAUUUGGACCAGAUCGACCAACACAAAAAUCGCAGCAAAGCCAACAACAACAACAACAACAACAACAAUAUCCCCCAAAUCAGCAAUUUAGCAAUGUACAAUAUCCACAGACAGUUGGUUCAAAUCCACAACAACAACGUGGCUGGCAGUAUCAGCAACAACAGCAGCAACAACAGCAACCUGACCCACAACAACAAUUUCAACAGCAACAACCAGCAGCACAAUCGCCCUAUCAACAACAGCAAGAACCACAGCAACAAUACCAGCCACAAGAACCACAGCAACAAUACCAGCCACAACCACAAGAACCACAGCAACAAUACCAGCCACAACCACAAGAACCCCAACAAAUAUACCCACAACAACAGCCUCAACAACAAGGACAGCCAUCUUGGCAACAACAACAACAGCAGCAGCAACAACAAUGGAAUGGUCAAACAUCCCAGCAAGGAACACAACCAGAACCAGUUCAACCUCAGUGGAACCCUAAUCAGCAAACUUCACAACAGGUUUAUCAACCACCACAACAGCAGCAACCUACAGGUCAGCAACAAGGCUGGAAUCAAGGAACUGUUCAAAAUCAAGAACCCCAAUAUCCAGCACAGAAUCAAGGUCCACAACAACAACCUCAGUCAAACCAAUGGUAUCAGCCCCCACAAAAUGUUCAACCUCAAGUGAAUUCACUCGGUCAACAAGCUCAACAACAACAACAACAACAGCAGUGGCCACAACCUCAACAGCAAGAACCUCAGGUUCAGCCCCAGCAGCAACAGCAGCAGCAGUGGUAUCAGCAAGGACCUGUACCCCAACAGCAAUACCAGAAUAACUUACAACCUCCUCAACAACCUCAGAAUAACCAACAAUCUCAGCAACAAACCCCGCAAAACCAGUGGUAUCAACCCCAAAAUCAACAACAACCACAACAACAACAACAGCAAGUCCAGCCUGAUCCACAAAAUCAGUGGCAGCAACCACAGGGGCAAAAUCAGUGGCAGCCUCCACAGCAAGGAGUAUACCCGCCGCAACAGUCACAGGGCAAUCAACAAAUGCCCGGUGGUCUACCAGAAACAUUACAGUUAGGAACAACUACUCAAUCAAGCGCUUCAUUUGCUGAUUAUCUACAAAAUCAACAACCUGGACAACAGCAACAACAACAACAGGUUUACCAACCCCAGCAACCAGGUGUUCAACAACAACAACCACCUUAUCGAGGUGUUCAGCAGCUGCCUUUUGUUGGCAAACCAGGACAAGGCGUUGUUCCGUCUAAUGUCCAGAAUAUACCAGCUGCUCCUGUUAAGCCUAUUUUUGCUGGUAGACCCGAUCCUAUUACAACCCCUGCUCCUCAAGCGCCCUGGACCACAGCUCCUAUAAUUUACCAGCCUACUACGCCCGCAUAUGUGCCUCCAACCCCAGCUCCAACCACACCUGCUCCCCCCAUGUCCUCUACCGUGAUGGGUGAGGGAAGUCUCUGUUACACCACUCUUGAAUGUAAGGUGGGCUGCUGCUACGGACCUGAUGGUCAGCUACUGGACAUGGAAACAUAUGGUCCGAACAGUAAAAGUCCGUAUCAAACUGCAGGAAAAUGUUGGGUCCGCACCCCGGGUCUUGGUGAUCGAUGCGACGAUCUCUGCCCGUGUUCAAUAGGAUUUGGCUGUGACCAGGAUUACAUUCCUCUCUAUACUACGCAUCCAAAAUACGUCAAGGGAAGCAAAAAACAGUACCUCAAACCUCCAAGGCAAUGUAAGGAUUUAGUCAAUGUUAAAAUCAAGCACGCUGCAUUCUGGGAAUGUUACAAAGACCACAAGUGUUCCGAUUUCCCAAAUGUGUAAAGACAGGAGAGAAGGGGCCUUGUGAUAAAUGCUGUUAAUAGCCAGAGGAGACUGCUUGAUCUUUUAUACAUAUAUAUUUUCAAAGAAUUUUCCUUAUUAAAAUCAAACAGAAUAUGGUGACCUUUACAGCAUGGUGUUCACUGUAUCAAGCCGACGUGUACAUGUGAUAUAGAAGAUGUGGAAUAACUUUUCGGGGAGAAAACUGCGCAUGUGUGUCAUGUAUACCUACCACAAAUGCAGAAAGAAGUGCCAUUUUAUUAUCAUAAAUAUACAAAAAAUCAUUCAAUUUGCAUUCAUUUCUUCAAAGUUAUUUUAAAAUUUAUCCUCAUUAUUAACAUAAUAACGUAAAUUGUAGAAUGCAACACGGUUUCUCUAUUAAUAUUUUCAAAAUCUUGAAGUAAAGAAUUCGUCAUGUCUUAUUUAAUUCACGUUUAAAGAAACACUUUAUGAAGAAGAACUUUAUGUAAUUAAAGUAGUUAUUAUUUUCUGAUAUCGCAUCAACAUUACCAUAUAUGAAUGUUUGAAUGAUAAAUGAAUUAUAAAAUUU